UGUGGCUACGUUUGCCGAUCUAGCUUCAGAAAAACUAGACGUUUCUUCGUCUUUCUGCGUGAUUCGAAGAAAACGUUUACAAUCUCUUUCUCAAAUUUACAAUCAUCCCAGACGCGAUGACAACACAUCCUGAAGUUCUAUGGGCUCAACGUAGCAGUGAUUCUGUUGCUGACAAGAACAUCAUUUGGUUGACUGUGAACGUGCCAGACAUUGAUGAAUCGAGUCUCCAAUAUGAAUUGACGUCUACUGGAGUUUCUUUCAAAGCAGCGUCAAAAACCGACAAGAAAGCAUAUGCAUUCUCGCUCCCAUUAUUCGAUGAAGUAGACACAGAAGCAUCUCUGAGCAAAUUGAGCUCGCGCUCUUUCACGGCGGUGCUACGAAAGAAGGCCCUCAAGGCUGAGUAUUGGCCACGACUAACGAAGGAAAAGACGAAGCUGCCGUUUGUCAAGACCGAUUUCAGCAAAUGGGUUGAUGAAGACGAGCAAGACGGUGCCCCUUUAGAAGACGAUCUCGGCGGCAUGGGAGACAUGGGUGGUAUGGGUGGUAUGGGAGGCAUGGGUGGUAUGGGCGGUAUGGGCGGUAUGGGAGGCAUGGGCGGUAUGGGGGGCAUGGGAGGUAUGGGAGACAUGGGCAUGGGGGGUAUGGGCGGCAUGGGAGGCAUGGGCGGCAUGGAUUUCAGCAAGAUGAUGGCUUCCAUGGGCGGGGCUGGUGGUGCCGGCCCAUCAGAUGAGACCGCUGACUCUGAUUCUGAUUCCGAUGGCGGCCCACCCCCUCUUGAGGAUGUUGAACCCAGUGCGUGACCGAUGGAGUAGCCCCUAAAAUCGGAAAAACUGUACGCUGUAGAUGCGAUUCCGUUGUUUGUCAUUGCCAAUGAAUCUGCUUAUUGCACUAUCAUUCUUGCAAAAUCCAGCAGGAAUAAGUAGGUGAACGUGUACAUGGGAACGACGUUGUGUACCAGACACA